UAGUUGAGAAGAAUUCUUCGCAAAAUAUUGUUGAAUUGAAUUUAAUUGAAUUGAUCUCUUUCUGCGGCAAGAAGAAAUCAAAGAGUAAUGGAAACGUUUUCGUCGUUCUUUGAAGCGCAAUCAUCUCCUCGAACUGGUUGGAGCUAUGAAUCUCUCAAGAAUUUCCGUCAGAUCUCACCGUCUGUUCAAAAUCAUCUCAAACAGGUUUAUCUUUCGCUUUGCUGUGCUCUGAUAGCAUCUGCAGUUGGAGCUUAUCUACACAUCCUUUGGAAUAUCGGAGGAUUCCUUACAACAAUUGGUUGUAUCGGCAGUAUAAUUUGGUUACUAUCAACUCCUUCAUAUGAAGAACAAAAGAAGGUAUCACUCUUAAUGUCAGCUGCUCUAUUCGAAGGAGCUUCAAUUGGUCCUCUAAUUGAAUUGGGUAUCGAGAUUGAUCCAAGCCUUGUAAUUAGUGCAUUUGUGGGAUGUGCUGUUGCAUUUGGUUGCUUCUCAAUGGCUGCUAUGUUAGCUAGACGAAGAGAAUAUCUUUACUUUGGAGGACUUCUCUCGUCUGGUCUUUCCCUUCUCUUUUGGUUGCAAUUUGCUUCAUCCGUAUUUGGGGGUUCAGCUGCCAUUUUCAAGUUCGAGUUAUACUUUGGGCUGUUGUUAUUUGUCGGUUAUAUUGUUGUGGAUACACAAGAUAUAAUCGAGAAGGCACACUACGGAGAUUUGGAUUAUGUCAAGCAUGCUCUUACUCUCUUCACUGAUUUUGCUGCGGUUUUCGUUAGAAUCCUAAUAAUCAUGAUUAAGAACUCGGAAAAGAAGGAGAAGAAGAAGAGGAGAAAUUGAAUUGUGGGUGAGAAAUUAUAGAUGUUGAAUGAUCUAUAUUUGAUGUUUGUACAGACUCUUUUUCUUUAUGGUUGAAGAACAAAGUUUUUUUUUCAAAUAAUGGAAAUUUUAGGUUAAAGAAAAUAAUGUUAUAUAAGUGGAUGAUUUAUUAUUAUUAUUAUUAUAUAUAUAUAUAUAUAUAUAUA